UAUCUAAGUCCACCAUCAUCACACGUGACAACGUAACUGCAACGAAACAACACAAUGUCGGCGCUUUUCAUUUUCGUCACUUUUUUUGCAAGUUGCAAACCCACCAUUCAAAUGGCCCCAAUUCUCUUCCACCGCCAUCAAACUACUACUUCCACCUUCCACCGCCCUAAAACCCUUUUAAUAUUCAUCAUCGCCACUUACUUCACUUUAUUAUCAUUAUCAUAUUCAUAUUCACACCCAAAAAACAGAAAGGAAAAAAUACCGUUUUUUCUGUUACCCAAAUUAAGAUGAACUCAAAAAAUGAAAUUAACUCUCCAAAAUUUUCAUCUGCUUUUGAUUCUUCUUCAUUUUCUAUGGAUUUUGAACCAUCAGUGCCCGUUCCUAUGGAGUGUUUACAAAUGAGCCCUGUUCCUCCAUUUCUUUCAAAAACUUUCGAUUUAGUCGAUGACCCUUCUUUGAAUCCAAUUAUAUCUUGGAGUUCUAAUGGUGUUAGUUUCACUGUGUGGGACCCUUUGGAAUUUGCAAGAAUUGUAUUACCUCGUCAUUUCAAGCACAACAAUUUCUCAAGUUUUGUUCGUCAGCUUAAUACUUAUGGAUUCCGGAAGAUCGAUACCGACAAAUGGGAGUUUUUCAAUGAAGGAUUCCAGAAAGGGAAGAAGCAUUUACUGAAGAACAUUCAAAGGAGAAGGUCGUCUCAAUCGCAACAAGUUGGUAACUAUGUUGGAACUUCUUCUUCUUCUUCUUCUUCCGAUGCUGCAGGGAAAUCUGGAGUUGAAAUUGAGGUAGAAAAAUUGAAAAAGGAAAGAAGUGUGCUAAUGCAAGAAAUGAUUGAAUUGCAGCAACAACAACGAGUGACAGCUCGUCAUGCAGGUAAUGUGAAUCAAAGGCUUCAAUCAGCUGAACAAAGACAGAAACAAAUGGUAUCUUUCUUAGCCAAGUUGUUUCAAAAUCCGGACUUUUUAGCUCGCCUUAAUCGGAAGAAGGAACAACAAAGAGAUAUAGAAUCUCCCAGAGCGAAAAGGAAGUUUGUUAAGCAACACCGAAAUGAAACAGAAACAACAUCAGAAGAAAAUCUCAAAGAUGAGAAGAAGAUAGUCAGGUAUCAACAUCAAGUUUCCAUUGAAAACUCUCCUCACUAUGUUUCACAUGAUUUGGAAAGAGAUAUGAGUGAAGGGGUUGAAGAUUUUGCUUCUCAAAUUGAGAAUAUUUCAUCAGAUGAAUUGUCUGCAAUGCAUGGUAUUAUUGGAGAAGGGUCAUUUAGUUUUGGACUGGAAGAACCCCUUUUCAAAGGAAAAAAUGUUAUUAGUCCAAAUGAAGAAAUUGUUCCUAAGAAAUUUGUUAAUUUUCCUGAGGAGAAAGGAUUCCAAGAGUUUCAAUGUUUCAAGCAAGAAGAUAUAUGGGACACAAACCUCAAUGUUGGUGUUGCUGCUCCAAGCAGUGGCAAUGAGCUUUGGGAAAAUCCUAUGAAUUAUGGAGUACUAGACUUUGGAGUUACAAGUGAAAUGUCAGAAUCAGAUAUUUGGGAUAUUGGUUUUGGAAGUUUGGGUAUUGAUAACUGGCCAGUUGAUGAAUCUACUCUUGAGAUUGAUAGUCAAGUUGGUAAGCCAAAAGAUGAUAGUCCAUGCUAAGAAAAUGUUGGAUUCAUAGCCUCUGUAGCACCAACACUCUUGAUCGAAGGCGUAUCCUGCUGUUUGGCACCGACACGACAUCGUCAAAUUGAUUACAUUUUAUUAAUUCAUUUUCUCAAAUUAUUACUAGUAUCGACGGUGUCGGUGUGUAGUAGCUGGUGUCCAUAUUAGUAUCCAUAUUUUAUAGUUCAUAGCUGCAUUUGUUGCCUUUGAACACUUGUAGUUAUUAGGGAGUCAUAUUAUUAUUGAGUACUUUGAUUUAUAAGAAGUAUUAUUUACUUUCCAAUUUUUAUUCUUUUUACAUGUUUUUCAUUGUAAAUUGUAAUUCUUUAAUUAUUGACAACUCCCAUUCAAGUCACCUGAUGGAGGAGGAUGAUUUAUGUACAAACAUUUUUAGUACUAGUAGAAAGAUGGACAUACUAAUUUGUUUGUGUUCC